AUGAGUAGACAUCAUCCGUAUCAGCACCCAUAUUUGACUUCUGCUGGACGACCGUCACAGCUUUCUUCUUCUCCUGCAAGUGAUAAUAUCAAUAGUAACACCAACAUUACUCCGCAAUUGAGUAAUAAUAUUAGUAAUACGCAUCUUAAUUUAUUGUCGGUGUCAACAUCAUCUUCUCCGCCGUUGAAUCAACGUGAACAUUUAAAAACUGCAAAGAUCCCAACACACAAAACUUCUAGUUUAUACUCUCUUCGCCCUGCAGUUGCACGUUCUAAUUCUUACAAUCAGCAGCAGAUCCAAAAUCUAGCAGCUGGCUCAGUAACGCCGAAGUCUAUUUAUGAAACUGCGCGUAUAUGCCUCCCAAAUAACACGAUACAGAACGUAAACUUGCCAGUUGUCCCACGUGAAUCUUUGGAAUUCCAAUCGCAACAACAGCAACCACAGAUACCACAAAACCUGACAGAUUUGAAUAGUCAACAAGUUGACUCGACUAAUAAUUAUAUACCUCAAGCCUUAACCAGUCAAUAUCCAUUAUCGUCAUCCUAUUAUUCCUCUACAAUUUACCCAGAUACUUCCUUUCUCCUCGUUAAUAAUAGCACUUCUGAACAAGUUCAAAAUAAAAGUCCAAGAAUGAAUCAUGUGACUGGCCCUAUUCGUCGUACUCCGAUUAUAAAACAACAAUCCCUUGCUGCAGCGCCAUAUUCUACAAAUGGUGUUCAAAAACAAAAUCCGACUCUAAAUGAUAAAGUGUCGUCUCACCAUAUCUCCCAGUCUAUUAAACCUAUUGCAAAUAGACAUCACUCACAAAUCACAAAUAAUGCAAAUACGAAUAUGCAACAACAAUCAAAAUAUACUACUGAACAUUUAUCGAUAAGCGAUCAAAGUAUUGUCAAUUUACCUGAUGAUACGAUUAUUCAAGAAAAGGGAUUUGAAGACUUUUUAGUCAAAGUCGGCACUUACGAAAGUCUUGCAAAAUCGUUUUCAAACGAACAAAAUGAUAACAGUUAUAACAAUAAUAUAAGCUCGACAAAUGCCGCUUCAAAUAUAAAUAACAUAGAAACUACCAGUAUGUCUACGAGUGAUGAAAAUUUAAAUUCAACAAUUAAUCAACAAAUUCUCGAUAGUGAAUUGAUAACGGCAACAAAUGAUAUUCAUGGAAUUAUGGACUAUUCAUUUUUGGGAAAUGAAUUAGAAGAAUACAUCUUGUCUGAAGAUGGAUUUGACCCAAUUCCGGAUCUUAACGAUAAUAGCAAUAUAAUAGAACCAAAAAAAGACAUUGAAACGAAUGAUGAAAACUUAACUGCAAAUCCUGAAAGAUACAACAAAAAUUAUACGAAUGAAUUUUCGCUUACUGAACAUACAAUCGAUCAAUUAAAUCAUAAUCUUCCUUCGACCAGUCAAUUAUCCGAUAGUGAGCAAUCACAAAAUGAGGGCAACGGUAAUUCACCAAUAUUAAUCGCCAAUGAUGCAGAAGCUGGAAACGGAGAAAGCUCUCGCGCAUCUAAUAAUGAUGCUAUUCUAGGUUUAGCACAAUUUCUGCCAAGUAAUAGUGAAGCGUGGGAAAUAGCAUCCGACAAUAGUGGAGAACAAUCUCAAACACAUCAAGAUCUCAAUGACGGGGAAAGUUUCAAAGAACCAAAGCCCCAUGUUCUAUUUCGCGAUUUAGACCGAUUUACGUUCUUUAGAGCAAUGCGGGUCAGAUUGGACACAUUAGCAAAGUUUAUAAAAGGAUCAUUUAGUAGUGAACGAAGUGAAGGAGUAGGUCUCUGGGAACGGAUUUUUCCGUUGAUAAAACAAGAAUGUACGCAUAUUCAGCGACUAAUUGACGCAACUGAAUGGAAAUCCUUAGAUUUUCCAAAGAGUCGCGCUCAAUUUCCAUUAGAGCUCGUCGAUUGCGAACUAAUGAGAAAAAGAUGUAUACCGCAACAUGCUGGUGAGUUCCAAUACCCACUGCAAAUAAUAAAAGACGGUAACGACGGCUUUCGCGCAAUCUCAAUAUUAUUAAAUGCCACCGAAAUCGGGACAAACCGGGAUAAUUUCUACGAAGAGCUUCGUGUACGAACAGUUCUAACAAUGAUUAAUAAACAAGAUUCGACGCGAAGAUUAUUUGAUUCACAUCUUGAUGAGGUUUCCAUGAAAGGUGGCAAUAUCAAGCUAAACCAAAUCGCUCGGGAAUAUUAUCACGUGGAAACUUUAGAAUUGAUGGAAUUAUUAAAAAUGCCAUCCAAGUCGCCGGAUUAUGAUACGAUACUGUGGCAAAUUGAAGCAUUGCGUACUUGUAUGGACGGCCAGCAAAUCGGCGUGCCCCAGUUAUUAACAAUGGCGAAUCUGUUAAAGGCAACAAUAAGAAUAAUGUAUCCCAAUUAUAACAAUAAGAAUUUCCGAGUGCCAAUUAAGUGUAAAGGAAACUCGAAACGCAUUUUUGUUAUUACGAUGUUGGAUCCGGAGCGGGAAGCCGAAGAAGAUUUAUUAGAUUAUUUCAUUACUCCAUUAAUUAGAAAAAUUGAUAUUUUUGAAGUGAUUAGAAAUCCAGAUCUAUAUUCUCUACAGUCUUCGGAUAGACAAGAACAAAUUCGGUCUUCAUCAUUAACAAAUAUUCUUUCUCAACGACAAACGUCUCAACAACAAACGUCUCUAAAAUCAACACUACCACAAAACCAUCAUCAACAUAAUUAUCAACUUCAAUCACAACAAGUUCUGUUACAACAACAACAAAGAAAUUCACAACUACAACAACAAUCACAAACACAUCAAAACAUUAAUAUUAAUCAGCAAAAUAUGCACACACAAAUGACAAAGGGAAAGGGCGAGCUUAUUAAAAACCGAUUUCAAACAAACAUUUAA